UUCAAAGUUGAAUAAACGGUUGACUCUCUUAAUGAUGGAAUAGUUGUUUGAUCCACGCGCCUCCUCUCUGUUUUUUUUUUGCUCUUCGUCUCCCGCUCAGCCUGAGCCAGAGACCUGCCUUGUUGUCCUCCGAUGGCUUCCUCUUCUCCUGUUCGAAUCGCCGUCGUCGGAGACGUCCACGAUGACUGGGACCUUGAAGAAGACACCAAGGCACUUCAAUUUCUCAAGCCGGAUUUGGUGCUCUUCACAGGUGAUUUUGGUAAUGAGAAUGUUGAACUAGUUCAAAAUGUAGCUGCUCUCAACUUUCCAAAAGCAGUUAUUCUGGGAAAUCAUGAUUCUUGGAGCACUCAACAGUUUUCUUCCAAGGGGAAGGAUCAAGUUCAACUUCAGCUAGAAUGUCUUGGACAGGAGCAUGUAGGUUAUAAACGUUUGGACUUCCCUUUACUAAAGCUCAGUGUUGUUGGCGGACGGCCGUUUUCAUGUGGGGGUCAGCAGAUAUUCCGGAAAAGGCUUCUGUCUGCAAGGUAUGGAAUCCAAGAUAUGGAUGCAAGUGCCAAGAGAAUCUAUGAAGCUGUACUUGGGACCCCAGAAGAUCAUCUAGUUAUACUUCUUGCACAUAAUGGACCCACAGGUCUUGGCAGUGAAUUGAAUGACAUUUGUGGAAAAGAUUGGGUGUUUGAAGGUGGUGAUUUUGGGGAUCCAGAUCUAGCACAAUCUAUCUCCCAUUUGAAAGAGACUGCUGCCUUCUCUAUUCCGCUUGUCGUUUUUGGUCACAUGCACAAGGAAUUGAGACAUGGUAAUGGCCUUCGUAAAAUGAUUGUAGUCGGGACUGAUGACAUUAUAUACCUGAAUGGGGCCAUAGUUCCCAGAGUGAGACCUAUAAACGAGACCUUGCCGCCAGCAUCCGUUUCCGAUGGUACCAAACGAGCCUUCACUUUAGUUGAAAUGUCAAAUGGACAAGUGGAUAAAAUUUCUGAAAGUUGGGUGUCCGUUGUGGGGAAUGAGAGAGCAUUAGCAGAAGAGCAUACGCUAUUCGAGUCGAACGGACAGUCUUCUCUAUGAGUGGAUUUGAGUUGGACUACUUACAGGCAACAGAAUAUAUCUGCUAAAUAAUACUUGUAAGUCUUGCUUACCAUUAUCAUCCGUAUGUAGCAGGAAUAUGGCUUUUAUCUCAACCGGUAAAGAAUUGUUGUUCUUAGAGGUCACAGGUUCGAACACCAGUGAUUGUAGCAUGGUAAUCGAGCGUUUAUUGUCAAAUGGUUGAGAAUAU